AUGUUUGUGCUCAAGAAGUUUCUCAAUAGCUCCGACGCAGCAAUCGAGGCAGUCUCCAAGAUCGUGCCUGUGUCAACCGAACCCGCAACUUGCGAUGCUUCCGAGUGUCACACCCGUUACUCUGCCUCUUGUUUCAAACUCUCGCCCGCUGCCGUCUCUACGCCACUUUGGGAGAGUGCCAAAGCUCCGGAAUUGCAUCUUUUGGUAUCGACGGGUAAAACUGACUGGAGUCACGAUGCGUUCGAUGCCCCGAACACCGUUUUGAAUAAAAUCUCUCAAACCGUCAAUGGCGUAAUAUCCAAGGAAUUCAAUAUCUCCACGAAAAUCAACACUACUUCCUUGGCUCUGAAUCCUGAUGAUUUCGAGGCGUACAGCAAACAGGAGAAAUGUGACGUACUACUCAUGCCAUACUUUGUGUGGUGCAAGGGGAUCACCAUAGAAAAUUGUGAAACUGUCCUGAAAGAUUUACUUAGUGCAUUCGUCAAUCAACAACCUCUCCCAGAAUCUUUGCAUGGUUGCACUAUUGAGAGAGACUACAGUAAGUCGUACAUUCUGCUCUGUUCACACCGUACAAGAGAUAAAAAGUGUGGCAUUACGGCUCCUAUCAUGAAGAAAGAAUUUGAUUCCCAGCUGCGUGAGCUUGAGCUAUAUCGAGAUCCCGGAGAUGACAGACCUGGUGGAGUUCCAGUGAUCUUUGUGAAUCAUGUGGGAGGCCACAAGUUUGCUGCCAAUGUGCUUAUUUAUAAUCGUGAGGGAGAAUUUGUGUGGUUUGGGCGGUGUACUCCCCUUAACGUCAAGCCAAUUUUACAAGAAACGAUUGGCAAAGGAAAAGUAUUCCCGGAGCUGGUGAGAAAUGCUCGCAAGUAUGCUGUCACGUGGUGA